GAUUUAAAGCUGAGCUCUCUGGCACAAGCAUCAAUUUUUGAGCCUAAAGUCUUUCUGAACUGCAGCUCAUCAUCACCAGAGGCUUCACCAUGAGAUUUCUUCUCCUAUUGGCUUUGGUGGCAUCCAGCCUUCUCCUCACCAGUGCUAUGCAACCUCUUGGAAGAGGCUACAACAGUCAGUGCAUGUGUUUACAACUGGAGUCCAGGCUCAUCCCUCCUCACAGCCUACGGAGCGUAGAGAUUUUUCCCAAAGGCCCGCACUGCAAGAACGCAGAGGUUAUCGCUAGUUUGGUGAAUGGACAGAGGAUUUGCCUGAAUACUCGGACUACUUGGGUUAAGAAGCUUAUUAACUUCAUUGAGAAGAAAGAGAAUGAGACCAAAAAGCCUAGAGAGUGAGUCUGAAGAUGUUGGUGGCUGUAAUGAAAACUGACACAGCCCACGAGAUGUCUUGUGAAACAUAACUGUGCAUGGCUUCGCUAAACAGACAAAAUCUACACUUUCUCAGGUCAAAUUUGUGCAGUUAUCUACUUAAAAUGUUUAGCCAUGGGGCUAAAUCAACUGAUCAUCUUAAUACUGUGAUUUAAUGAAGAGGUUUACAGAAAACUCUUUAAAAACUUACCUUUAAGCACUUUGUAAUGCAGUGUUUGUUUUUGUGGCAUAUAUGAGGCAAAGAACAUAACAAGUUGAGCUCAUUCUGCUUCAGUUUCUUGUAAUGAGGUUCAAGAGUGUUGAUGGAAAACACUAUUGAUGCAUUUUGAUCUAAUACUAUUUCUAUUGUUAUAUUUUGGAUGGGACCAUUGUGCUACAUGUAUAACUGAUUGAAUAUCAGCAUUUAUGUAUCAGGAAAGUUGGCACAUUUCUUCUGGCAGUACUAUAUGUAGCAUAUAUCACUUUAUGUAAUGUAUGUCUGAACACCUACAGUUGAUUUAUUGUAAUAUAUCUCCUCAAUAUAGUGCUUAGAGAUUCUGCACCAUCACAUGUGAACCAAUAGUCAACCAAUACAAAUCAGUUAGGGUAGGUUUACACUGUGCAGAUAUGGAAUCAGAACUGAGUUUUAUGUGGAGAGCACAACUGAGCCAAAAGUGUAGGUUUUGGCUGCUGGGCUUCAUUAUGAUCUCACUUGGUUCUUAUCAGAUAAAUGUUCUGUCUAAGAUCCCAGAGGAAAUGCAGAGAUGUAUAGAGUGUCAAGAUUCCUCAGCACUAGGAUUUACUGGUGAAGGGCUUCACCCCUCAAACUGCAGGCUUAUCACUCAGUUAUUAAUCUUAAGACACUUAAUUUAGUAGCACAACAGCACUGGUCAUUUUGCAUGAACUUUAUCCAGCUGGGAUUUAACUCAUAAAUAUCCUCUUAUGGAUCAUUAACCACUGAGCUGCUUGUAACAGAUGUAUUUUUUUACUUUUUUCUACAGUGUUAAAUUACUAGAACUGGAUCUCUUUCUCUUAUGUAAUACUUUUUAUUUUUACAUCUUUUUUGUACAACAAUGAAAACAAAUAAAAAUUGAUUGAUUACCUUU